AUAACUUUCCAUCAGUAUUAAUUCACAAUGUUGCGGUUAUUAUUCGUGUUCGCUACAAUUCUAGCUUUAUCAAAUUCUGCUUCAAUUCCUACCCAAACGAUAAAAGAUGACAAUGGACGAAUAGUUGGUGGAAAAUUAAGCGACAUUACCAAACAUCCUCACCAAAUUUCAAUACGAUACAAAAAAUGUGGAACUUGUUCAUUUAAACACAUUUGCGGAGGAACUAUUGUUAGCGACAAAAUCAUCCUUACAGCAGCUCAUUGUGUUGUUGAUAAUGAAGCAAAAUACAUGCAUGUUGUUGCUGGAACAAAUGAACGUACAGGACAUGGAAUUAUGGUGCCAGUUAAAAAUUUUGUCUACCAUGAAGAUUUCUACAAGUUGACACCUUUUGAUAAUGAUGUUGCUAUCUUAGUGUUGGACGUUGAAUUACCAUUGAAUGGAUAUGACAUCAAGGCAAUCGAAAUGACAGAAACAAGACCGUUGCCUUAUGAGAUUGCACAAGUAACAGGAUGGGGUCAAGUAUCAGAAAUUGGUGCUCUAUCUGAUCUUCUUCUAGAAGUUGAGGUAUCAAUAAUUCCUAAUGAAAUUUGUGAGGCUCGAUUUGAUGAAGGAAGAAUCAAUCCAAGUAUGCUUUGUGCUGGAACUGCUAAAGGUGGUAAAGAUGCUUGUUCGGGAGAUUCUGGUGGUCCGCUAUUGGUGAAUGGCGUUCUUGUUGGAGUCGUUUCUUGGGGUGAUGGCUGUGCUAGAGCAGAAUUUCCAGGUGUAUAUGCCAGUGUGGCAGAUUUAAGACCUUGGAUUGAUGCAGCUAUUAAAGCUAACUCGUGAUAUUAGAUAUUAAAUAAAGAAAAGUACAAUAAUUUUAAGGAAGUUAAAAA